AUGCCGACGCGCUCAGAUGAGGGCUGCCAGCCACCCCAAGAGACUACCGAACUCCCCAUGCGCCAACUGCUACCUCUAUCAAUUCACAGAAUGCCAUCGCCCGCAGCUUCUGGUCGGACGAGCGUGGCACCACCCACGCUGAUCACUCUUCCGUACGAAAUGUUAGAGGCCAUUCUCCUGCUCCUUCCGCUUCAGGACCUCUUGCUAUGUCAGCGCGUGUGCCAUUGUCUCAAGGAAAUGGUCGCUUCCUCGAAACCUAUUCGACGCGCUCUAUUUCUAGAGCCAUCACAGCUCUCGACAGAGCUGUCGCAGUGGGAACAACUCAAGUGGAACCCGUUCCUGGAGACGAAGCUCUCUAACUCGCUCACCGUCCGGGUCAUAGGGGUGCAUCGCAGCCGAGAGGGGCCCGUGAAGAUGGUGGCUCAUGUACGAUUUCGAAAGGAAACCCUGACGGACCCAGAUUGGGCCGAUAUUCUCCUCAACGAGGACGCAUCCUGGAAGUCGAUGCUCGUCACUCAGCCCCCAGCAACGCUCCUUAUGCACCCAGCUGCGAGCCUCUUCUGGAAAACUGCAAUGGAGCACCAAGCGCAAUUCUUCCAUGACCCCGCAGGCUUCACUCUUCUGGAUCUCGUGGACUGCCCUGAUUGGUAG